CCCACCCCGGCCCUGCCCCACUCUCAUACAGAAGUAUCCUUCAGCAGAUCCCCCCCAAACUGGAAAGUCAUUCAGUCCCUUCUGAAUGGAGCGUCUUUAACGUCAGAGUGCAGGAGUUAACGUUCAGCAGCCCAACCAUGAGAGCCCUGCUACCAGUCCUGGUCGGUGCCUUCCUGACCCCGCUGAUCUGUCUCCACAGCCCUGUGCAUGGAGAAUCCUACUUUGGGGACAGCUAUUGCAGCAUACAAGCCAUUCAAGAUAUCUCCAGUUUCAAGCUGUCACUGACUUUCAAAACAAGUCGUCGAAGUGGACUUCUGCUCCUUGCUGCUGGAAUGGAGGACUACCUGUUCCUUGAGCUUCUGAAUGGGAAACUACAGGCACGAAUGAAACUAGAGGCAGAAGAAGUGAUGCUUUCCUCUUCUCAAGGAGAGCCACUGAACAACCUGGUUGACCAUCAUGUGUUACUGACAUUAGAAGACGGCAAGCUCACUAUGACAAUAGAUGGUCUGGUUUCAACAUAUGUUCCUGUGGGUGCUGGUGAGGAAAGACUAAACAUUGACCAAGGUAUCUGGCUUGGAGGAACUGGUGACCUGGACACUCCCUACCUCAGCAAUGCCAUCCCACCUUUCCGUGGCUGCAUGUACAACAUUAUGUUGGAAUCCCAUAAAUUUGACAUUCUCCCAUUGGCAUUUAAGCAAUGCCAUGACACCAAGGAAUCCUGCAGCAGUGAGUUUGAUCAUAACGAUGGAGAGGCAAUUAGUUUCAGCACCCCGGAUUCCUUUGUGUCUUUUCCAACAUGGAGUGGAUUUAAUCAUGACCAAAGGACACUUGAAUUUCUAAUGAAAACCACCUUAGAUGAGGCUUUACUUGUUUUCCACCAUGGCAGUGAGUCAGACUUCAUUGCUGUUGGUGUUUUAGGAGGCCAUCUCAAAGGGGUUCUGGACCUUGGGGAAGGGGUGAAGGUCCUUGAUAAUACACAAGUACAGUUGGAUGAUGAUCAGUGGCACAGAGUUAAAAUUCAGGUUAGCCCGACCUCUUUUGCUCUUAUUAUAGACAGCCGGAUAUCCUCCAUUUCUCUCGACUCAGCACAAAAACUAGAUUUGAUAGGAAACCUGUAUUUUGGAGGCAUCCAGGCUAAAAUGAAGGAGGUAUUCCAUGAAAGUGGGUCCUUAAGCCGUUUGGAGACGUACAUGUCAUCUGAGUCAUUUAUUGGAUGCUUUGGAGAAAUCUCAGUAAAUCAAAGGGACCGAACCCUGCAAGAUGCUCUGGUCACCAAAGAUGUUCAUAUAAAAUGUGAAGGAGAAGACUAUGACUACUCAGCUUACUAUGAAAAUGAAACGACAACCCCUUUCCCACCUGUCAUCAUUCAAUAUCCUCAUCCUACAACAAGAGAGCAAGAUUGUCAUCCAACAGAAUCUGAGCCUGAGGUGUUCAGAAAUGUAACCAAAUUUCUUAAAAUCGCCCCUUUGCUAGUUCCUGAAGGCGGGGAAACGUAUCUAGAUAUCAACAACCUGAACCCUUCAUUUGACCUCAGUGUUGCCGGAUUGCGUCAAUCUGAGAUUGUCUUUGAACUUCAUAAUGAGCCUCUGUAUGGCCUGGUUGAUAUCAACCUAAAAAGAAGCACAAGAGAAUUCACCCUCCUGGAUGUGGUCAACAAGAAAAUUAAGUAUAUGCAUGAUGGAAAUGAAGGUACCAAAGAUCAAAUCCAAUUAGAAGUAUUUGCUCAAAGUAACAGUUACCUUCCAGAGUGCUUAAAAACACCUCAAAGUUAUUUGCUUCCAGUUAUGAUCAUUCCAGGCAACAAGCAACAGACACCAGGUGUCGCUGUUGCACAAAUUACUAUCGCAGAAAAGGCAAGGUCUCGUUUGAGUCCCAGUCUUCUUCAAAUAACUCAGACAGACUCCAGUUGUGACCAAUUAAUAAUAACUGUGACAAUAAGUCCUUCUUUUGAUUUUGGUUACCUGGAAAAUGGGAAGCAACCAGGAAGAAAAAUCUCAGAGUUUACAUGCAGAGAGCUGAAAGAUGGAAAUAUCUUUUUCGUACACAAAGCAGGUGAAGCCAGUGAAUUAGGUAUAAAAGUGUCUGAUGGUGAGUCAGUAAAGCAGUCAGGCAGUUUUAUUCUUUUAGCAACACAACCAUCUGUGGGUAUUGUCAGAAACGCUGGCCUUAGUUUGGUCCAAGGGAGCAAUAAGUCCAUAGGGAUUGAUAAUCUAAAUUAUAUUGCUUAUCCUCUUCAUGGGGAUAUCCUUUAUAACAUCACUAAUCCUCCAGCAUUAGGGGAAUUAAGAGUUAGGACAAGUGAUGGCACGUACAAGGAGGUAACAAGCUUCCAUCAGUUUCAUCUGGAAAAAGAGCUAAUUAGGUAUUUUAGCACAGAUGCAAGUGACCAAGAAACUACCGUAGUGGAUACAUUUCAGUUUAAUGUCUAUUUGGGAGAUUCUUCUAUCUUAGAUAACAUCUUUAGUGUUGGGAUCCAACCCCCCAAAAUAAAAAUUUCAAACCUAGAACCUUUGCAAGUCAGAGCUGGAACAAAACAAGCAAUUAAAAAUCUUCAGCCUGAAGUGUCGGGAAGAAACCCAGAUCCAAAGACAAUUAACUACAUCCUUGUCAAGCCUCCUUCACUUGGAAGUCUGCAGAUAUUAGACGAAGAGUUGAAAGAGGGUGACAUCUUCACACAGAUGGACAUUUUGAACGAUGCUUUGACUUACACACUACGAAUGCAAGGAGUUGGGGUUAGUUUCGACCAGUUUCAGUUCAGAGUCUUUCAGGAAGACCAGUACUCUCCAACAUACAACUUCCCAAUCGGCAUACUUUCCAGUUUGAAUGAAGAUGUUUUAACAAAUAAGGAGCUGGUGGUUUUACAAGGGGGUGAGCAAACUUUGGACAAAAAACAUCUCUGGCUUCAGUCUGCAAAUUCUGGAGACAUUUUGUAUAAUGUCAUACAAGAGCCAAAGCAUGGACGACUCAUAAGGGAUUCCCCACAUGGAGAGCCGAGAUUUGAGGGGGCCAUAAAAUUAUUUAGUAAUGAAGAUCUUGAAUCUCAAAGGCUGAUUUACAAGCAUGAUGGCUCCAGGACCACUAGCGAUGAGUUUCAUUUCUUUGCAAGUCAGGGAAGUUUAGACAGUCCUAAAAGGGUAAUGGGUGUCUUCAAAAUAAGGAUCCAAUUCAAAAAUGAGCAUGCACCUGUGAGGAUCGUGGAUAAAGUCUUCAAUGUGGUCCGCCAUGGUCAGCGCUUGCUCACAACUGAUGUAAUUCAAUUCAAAGACGAUGACUCGAAUUUUAAUGACACACAAAUUGUCUAUGCAAGAGAAGGAAUUCUUUCAGGCAAUAUCGUGUUGGCAUCCAAUCCAUCGCAGAAUGUUUUCCGUUUUACACAAGCUGACCUAAGAGACAAGAAUAUCUUAUUUGUUCACCAUGGAGCAGAUCUGGAACAGUUCCCCCUGCAGGUUUCAGACGGCUACUAUUUAACCACUACGCUGCUUCGCAUCCAAGCUGGCGAUCCCUACCUGAGAGUGAUGAACAAUGCAAUAUUCCUCAUUGACCACGGAAGUACCAGGACCAUAGAUACUAACGUGUUGAGUGCUGACUCCAACAUGGACAUCAGAGACGACAGCGAGAUUAAGUUCGAGGUUACAUCCCCACCCACGGAGGGCAAGAUUAUUGUGAGUGGGAUUGAGGCUUUGGAAUUCACUCAGGAGGACUUGAAAAAAGGAGUCGUGUCAUAUGAACAUAGCGAUGAAAGCCUGAAGGCCAAGGAUUCCUUUAGUUUUACCGUCCGAACAAACAGGGCAGAACAUUAUGAAAGGGGCGAAUUCAAGAUUACAUUAAACCAAGGUUACUUUUCGGAGCUUGAGGUCAUAAACAACGAGGUCAUCUUUUCCUUUGAGGGAGAGCCCACUAUAAUCAGCCAGGAACAUCUCAAGGUGGAGGAAGCAGGUAGCCUUCCCACAGGAACGAUUUACACACUGAAAAAAUUACCUGAAAUCGGUCAUGUGGUCAUGCUAAAAAACAGUUCAGAUGUCACAGCCUCCCCUGUCCUCGAAUAUGUCCAGUCUUUCUCCCAGGAAGACAUUGACCUGGGUCGAGUCUUUUACGUCUCUGCAUUAUGGCAGGAAGGUGACUAUUCCACCAUGGACCGACACGACGAAUUCAUCUUGGAUGUGAGCAAUGGUUUCAACACAUUGGAGAACUUGACCAUCAUCGUGGAUAUUAUUCCCCGAUUUAUACCCAUCCAGAGUUCCAACUUCACCAUAAAAGAAGGCCUCAGUAAAGCUCUUGAUACAGAGAUUCUGAACAUCUCGCAUCCCUUCUACAAUUCACUAAAUAUCGAAUUUACUGUUGAGGAGUUUCCACAGAAUGGGGAAAUACGUGACGACGAAGGAAAUGAGCUGCAUUACUUUGCAUGGGAUGAUGUAAAAAUGGGAAAAAUCUUCUACAUGCACGACAGCAGUGAGACGACAGAGGACAGUUUUACACUCUCUGCCUCCUCUUAUGAGAAUAAUCGCCGGAGUCACAAUGUCACAAUCUCAGUUUCUAUCAUACCAGUGAACGAUGAGCCGCCAAAAGUGACACGCAAUACCGGCCUGGAGGUUUUUGCCAAUGAGGAAGCCAUUAUCACUGCCAGUAUGCUGAGCACAGAGGAUAAAGACACCCCUGCUGAGGAGCUGGUUUACCAAAUAGAAAUUCCAACCAACGGGAUGGUGGCAUUAAAAGAGGAGCCGGGGGAGAGCAUUCAAAAUUUCUCACAGGCCCACAUAAACAGAGGGGAGAUCAUCUUCAUCCAUGAGGGUGAACAGUCUGGUGGAUUCAAAUUCAUAGUGACAGAUGGAGAGCAUACAUCUCCUCUUUAUCUAUUCGUUAUCACGGCCAAGCCUCACACCAUCACCUUGGUAACGGGGGAGGAACUCGUUGUGUUUCCAGGAACACGACAGCAAAUCAACAGCACCAACCUAAAUGUUCCAACAAGUGAGGCUGGGAGUGAUGCCAGCUUCCUGCUCAUCCGCCCGCCUCGUUUGGGAAGGCUGAUCUUAGCUAAAGACCAGAACCAGUUUGAGGAAAUUACCUUGUUCACACAAUCACAGUUGGAGUCUGGAGUGCUCUAUUAUGAACAUCAGCUGCCCACAGAGCCUUUCUGGGUGGUUAGAGACUCCAUGGAGUUCACUAUGUCAUCCCAGACAGAGGUCCGUCAUUUCCUCCCCAUCACUGUCUCCUACUAUGCUCCUCACAGCAACGUUUCCUCCCAGAUGUGGAGAAAUAAAGGGCUUGAAAUCAUGCAGGGCCAGAGGAAAACAAUAGAUAGUUCGAUUUUUGAUGCAUCCAACCUUCUAGCAAGUCUACCUGAAGAAGAAAGUGGUCCGAAUGUUGUGUUUGAGAUCAAACGUUUCCCUAAUAAUGGUCGUAUCAUCCUGAGUGGUAAGGAACUACCUGGUAAUGCCCCGCACUUCACACAAGAGGAUGUAUCUCAGGGAAGGCUGGAGUAUCUCCAUGGUGGAUCGGGGGGUUCCUCUGACAGCUUUUUAUUCAGGGCCCAUCUGAAAUCAGAAGGGGAUGAUUUGGACUCCCAUGCUGAGUCUGUAUAUCUGGAGGAGAUCUUUUCUAUUUCAGUCAAGCAGCAUAGAGCCAGCCCCCCUAAAUUAGUCACAACAGAUAUGCUUCUGGAGGUUCUCCAAGGCUCCAGGACCCUUCUAACUGAGAAGCAUCUCAAUGUCCAAGAUGAAGACAGCCCCCCAGAUGAGGUGGUCUUCAUUGUGACAAAAGAACCUCGUAAUGGUCAUCUCUUCAACACUGUAACAUCAGAACCUAUUGCUAAGUUCAGUCAAGAAAUGAUUAAUCGUAAAGUGGUGGCUUUCCAGAGCGAUGGAACCCUUGCAAAUGGAUUUGUGGAAUUCACUAUAACAGAUGGUAAACAUGUAACUGUACGACACACAUUACACAUAGGAGUCCUAGCUCGCACCCUGCAUCUGGAGCAGGUCCCAGAGAUCAAGGUACGACAGGGAGAUGAUCAGACUCUGGUGACUGAGAAGAUGUUGAGGGCCUCUACAGGAGGCCCUGUAGAGGAGGACAUCCUAUACAAAAUCACCAGUACUCCAAAAUAUGCAGCUGUUAUGGUAGAUAGGCAGCCCACAUCGGCCUUCACCCAGAAACAGAUCAAAGAAGGCCGAGUCAGUGUCCGCUUUAUCAAGUCCACUUCCUCCAGAGACAGUGUUUCUUUUACAGCUCGCAGCCGGGCUGCCAAUGUCUCCUCCGUCCUUAACAUAACUGUACAGCCUUUGGCCAAAAUCUCUCAGAAUCCUUUAUUACCUCAAGGUUCUUUGGUCCAACUGGACAGAAAGCUCUUAGACGCAACUCUACUGGCCAACAAGACCAGUGGCUCUCCCACAUUCACAGUCAUCCAGGAGCCAAAAGGAGCUCGUAUUGUGAAGUUAGUGGGUCCUGAUGCUGGUCAGCCCGUGCAAACAUUCUCCCAGAAGGACCUGGAUGAAGGUCGUGUAGCAAUGGAGAUACGGAAUCCUGCCCCUUCAUCAAAAGCUAUGAAAGAUCAGGAUGAAGUUCGGUUCCUGCUCCAAUCCCAUGGGGUCCCUCCAGCAGAGUGCCUACUGUCUUUCCAAACGAGCCCUUACAAUGCUUCCACAGUGUACCCUGCCACUCUGCUGAGAACUCCUGAAGAUGCAUUAAGAGAUUUUACCACUGCAUCACCUGGUAUAGCGCAGAUUUCCCGGCGUGGCAAUUUUUGGUCCGUCUUUAUCCCUAUCCUAGUUGUGCUCCUUCUCUUGCUUUUAGCAGGUGUCUUGGCAUAUUAUUUAAUCCGUAAAAACAAGACAGGGAAACACAAUGUCCAGACAGCAGCCUCCAAGCCCAAAAACGGCGAGGUAGCCACAACUGAAACCUUUCGCAAAACUGACCCAGCCAAUAACAUUCCCAUGUCAAAUGUGGACUCCAAAGGUGCAGAUCCAGAGUUGUUGCAGCACUGUCGGACAACAAACCAGAAAAAGAACCAAUACUGGGUUUAAAACACUUAACUCACGCUCACUGAUGACGAAGAAGGAGUUGGACUUCAUUCUUGGCAGUUUUAAAUAAUUUUCCUACCGCAGUUGAAAAUAAAAUGCACUUUUGACUCAGUUUUCCAUUGACUUUUCUCAGAACAGCUGUGGACAAAUUCUCAGGCAAGAAAACACUGAACACAUAUUGGCAAAGAGGGAAACAGAUUGCUACAUUCAAAGGGCUCAGGCCUUGUCUAUUUAUUUCCAUUUUAUCAUUUCUCAGUGAUGAAGGACACAAACAAAGACAUGAACAUGUAACGUGUUUGCAAAGAAAAAAAUGUUUGAUGUGCUAAACUAUUGUAUUCCAUAUUUUAUAGACAAAAAAGUAGUCAUAUUGAUAAACACAUGUUUCAUUGUUUUUAACUGCGUUUAGUUUUUGGAAUAACCAGGAUAUUUGAUUAACAUAGACGUGACUUAAGUUAAAUAUAUACUCAUUGGCCUCAUUAUUAGGAACAUUGAAAAGGAAAUGAACAUCUCUUGUUAUUAGAGAAUGGUUUUUACAUGAUGAAAUUUCCAGUGAGAGGCUGCGGUGAGUAAGAAAUUGCCUGAAUUAGAUGUCAAAGGUCAGAAUUAACAGUAGUGUUGCACCGAUACCAGUAUCGGGCGGGGCCCCGAUCUACCUCUAAAAUGGUGGUAUCGGUAUCGGCAUGUACCAACAAAUAGGGCACCGAUACCAUAUUGAGAGCCAAAAGUUUAUUCAGCUAUUGUCACCAAUUCCAGGUAGGCAAUAAAAAGUUCUACUGGAUUCACUUUGUAUUAGUCUUUUUUCCAGCUUCACAAAGGUAGGAGCAGCUUGACAAAGCCAUGAUGGCAAUUAUUUUACAUCUUAGUAGUACGCAGUUCUUCAUAUUACACAAACACAUCCAUUUCAAACAGAUGGUAUCGGUAUGGUAUCGGUAUCGACCAAUACUACACAGCCAGGUAUGGGUAUCGGUAGGCAAAUGGAAAACAACAGUAAGAUAUCCCAUACAGUGCGCCUCCUGGCAGCAAAGAGAAAGCUUAGUAAAAUUUGACGGCAAGGGAUUUAAAAAAAACGUUUACUGGUCUGAUAAGAUUCACCUGCAAUAUACAUAUGAUGGGUCAUAAUUUAAGCAAACAGCCUUAUUUUUUAUAGUUCAGACUGGUGCCUUUUUAGAUAUUUCCUUGGCACACUUUGGACCAUAUAAAUGCCUCACCUAUCACUUAGCAAAAAGUAGUUUAUUCAAGUAUGCUAAAAGUGCACUAAUUUCAUACUUAAAAUCAGGCAGUGCACUUAGAGUUUACUUAUUCUUAACUAUAUUUCAUAUACUUAACAAUAGUACAGUCAAGUGUACU